UCCAGCCUGGCAACAGAGCGAGACUCCAUCUCAAAAAAAAAAAGAUUUCCACAUAUGAAAUGGAGGUGAAGGGAACACAGUUAAGCCCAUAGCAAUGGGGGAGGUGACAUUUUGCAUUAUGAGAUUCCCGAGGGUGGAAGAGGCACGACAAAGGAAAGGAAUGGAGGAUGAAGGCAUCCUAGACAGUGGGAGGUAGGCACGUCUUUGAGGCCAGAGGAAUAAGUGGGGAGACCCUGAAAGGUGGUGCUCGCUUGAGGGCGUCUGCUAGUUGGUGACAGAGCUAGAACUUUCCAAGGUUGGCAGCUCCUCUUCCCACCCUCUCACCAUGUGCUCUGGAGAAAGCUAGGGGUUUGCCACAUGUCCUGAGCAAGCUCAUAGCUUCCUUUUGUGGAGAGAACAGAUGGGGCCCAGUAGCCUCUGCUCACCAUGAGGGAGGACACAGGCAGGUGGCCGUGUUCCUGCAUCAGAGCUUCUCUGGAGGUGACAGCAGAUGGUUGUCUCCAAGGAACAGGACAUUGGCAGGAUGGCUACAACCUUAUGAGAAGGCCAGCCACUGCGUAUGGGAGUUGUCAGUCACGUCAGCACUGACCCUGAGAGCUGUCCCCGAUUGCGGACCACCUAAGUAGGCCGUCUGGGCCAUGACUCAGGAUAGAGGAGCAGUUUCCUUGGCUGGAGCUGGGAAGUAGACCAGCCUGCUGGAGCCAAACAUUCUUGUGCAGGGUUGGCCCUCGGGCCAAAUCCAGCCUUCCACUGGUUUUUGUGAAUAAAGUUUUAUUGGGACACAGCCAUGCCCUUUCAUUUAUGUAUUAUCUGUGGCUGCUUUCAUGCUACAAGGGCAGAGUUUAGUAGUUGACAUGGAGAUCACAUUACCCACAAAGUAGAAAUUAUUUACUCUGUAGACCUUUACAGAAAAAGUUUUCUGGGUACAUGGAAUGGGCAGCUUGAACGACAUAAACUGAUUUUCUCACAGCUCUGGAGAUGGAAAUCAGAGAUCAAGGUGUCUACAGGACCAGUUCCUUCUGAGCUCCGUGAGGGAAGGAUCUGAUCCAAGUCUCCCUCCUUGACUCAUAGGUGGCCAUCUUCUCCCUGACCUUCACAUGAUCUUCACUUUGUAUAUGCGUGUAAAUUUCUUCUUUUUUUUUUUUUUUUUUUUUUUUUGAGAUGGAGUUUCACUCUUGUUGCCCAGGCUGGUCCUCUGUUUUGGAGUCUAAAGUCUUAGAUGUCAGGCCUGGCCCUGGAUCUUCCUGGUUAUGCUGAUGUGGAGGAAUGUCCCCUGCCCUCUGAGUCUCAAUUUUCUCCUCUGCCAGCGGGGAUUGUAUUUGCCUGAUGUUGUGAGGCUGGAGAAAGCUUUGCAAACUGCAACUCACUCAAGACAUACUAGUUAUUCUCUGCGUUCAACUUGCCUAUUGCCUCCUCCCCCUUGUUUCCUCCUAGGCAAAACUCUUUUCAUACCUGCUCCAUACUGCUCUUGGUGGUGAUGUUUCCCCCUGCAAAGUUAAUUUUGCUGUUUCUUCUUAACUUGAUUUUUACCUGCAUAAACAUGCCUGAUGCAAGGAGGUGGGAUGCACAGACCAGAUGUAACUUGUUCCAGGGCAGCAGGGGUGUCUCUGUAAUCAUUAUUCAAAUGCUACUGAUUAUUGAGCACACACCAUGUACCAAGCCCUAUGCUAAAUGCUUUGCCUGCAUCGCCUCAUCUAAACCUCCCCAUUCAUUCAACAGAUAGAUACUGAGUGCAUGCUCUGUGCCAGGCACUCUGCUGGGUCUUGGGAGCAGAGCACCACCAGAUGGCGGAGAUGAAUUCCUGACCUCAUAGAGCAUAGAGGCCACUAAAUCAGAGAGUUAGGGAAUAAGGUAAAUAAGCAAAAUCUUGUAGCGUGGUGGACCUUCACGUGAAGGACUAUGGAGAGAAAAAAGGCAGAAAAAGGGGUGAAGCAGAUCAUGGAGGAGGCUGUGACACGCAAGUUUGUCCACGAAGACAGCAGCCACAUCAUCUCCUUCUGUGCGGCUGUGGAGGCCUGCGUUCUGCACGGGCUUCGGCGGCGGGCAGCCGGCUUCCUACGCAGCAAUAAGAUCGCAGCCCUCUUUAUGAAAGUGGGCAAGAACUUCCCACCGGCUGAGGAUUUGAGCCGCAAGGUGCAAGACCUGGAGCAGCUGAUCGAGAGCGCGAGAAACCAGAUCCAGGGCCUCCAGGAGAAUGUGCGGAAGCUGCCGAAGCUGCCCAACUUGUCCCCACUUGCCAUCAAGCAUCUGUGGAUUCGCACGGCCUUGUUUGAGAAGGUCCUGGACAAAAUUGUGCAUUACCUUGUGGAAAACAGCAGUAAAUACUAUGAGAAGGAAGCUCUCCUGAUGGACCCUGUGGACGGCCCCAUCCUUGCAUCUUUGUUGGUGGGGCCCUGUGCCCUAGAGUACACCAAGAUGAAGACUGCAGAUCACUUCUGGACUGAUCCCUCGGCUGACGAACUGGUCCAGAGGCACCGCAUCCACAGCUCCCGCAUGCGGCAGGACUCACCCACCAAGCGUCCAGCCCUCUGUAUCCAGAAGAGGCAUUCCAGUGGCAGCAUGGAUGACCGGCCAUCCCUCUCUGCCCGCGACUACGUGGAGUCCCUGCAUCAGAACUCCCGUGCCACCCUUCUCUAUGGCAAAAACAACGUUCUUGUUCAGCCGAGGGACGACAUGGAGGCUGUGCCAGGGUACCUGUCCCUGCACCAGACGGCUGACGUCAUGACCUUGAAGUGGACGCCCAACCAGCUGAUGAACGGGUCCGUGGGGGACCUGGACUAUGAGAAGAGCGUCUACUGGGACUAUGCCAUGACCAUCCGCUUGGAGGAGAUUGUCUACCUGCACUGCCACCAGCAAGUGGACAGCGGCGGGACAGUGGUAUUGGUCAGCCAGGACGGGAUCCAGAGGCCGCCCUUCCGCUUCCCCAAGGGUGGGCACCUCCUGCAGUUCCUCUCGUGCCUGGAGAAUGGGCUGCUCCCACAUGGGCAGUUGGACCCGCCACUGUGGUCCCAGAGGGGUAAGGGCAAAGUGUUUCCUAAACUGCGCAAGCGAAGCCCUCAGGGUUCUGCUGAGUCCACAUCUUCAGACAAAGAUGAUGACGAGGCCACGGAUUAUGUGUUCAGGAUCAUCUACCCUGGCAUGCAGUCGGAAUUCGUGCCCCAGGAUCUGAUGGAUGUCUCCGUAAGCAAUCUCCCAUCCCUGUGGCAACCCAGUCCCCGGAAGUCCUCCUGUUCAUCCUGUUCACAGAGUGGCUUGGCUGAUGGUAGCUCGACCAAUGGCUGCAACCAUGAGAGGGCUCCUCUGAAACUUCUCUGUGACAAUAUGAAGUACCAGAUCCUCUCUAGAGCCUUCUAUGGAUGGCUGGCCUACUGCAGACAUCUGUCCACCGUGAGGACCCACCUGUCAGCCCUGGUCAAUCACAUGAUCGUGUCUCCGGACUUGCCCUGCGAUGCUGGACAGGGGCUGACAGCCGGGAUCUGGGAGCAGUACCUUCAGGACAGCACAAGUUAUGAGGAGCAGGAGCUGCUGCGCCUCAUCUACUACGGGGGCAUCCAGCCUGAGAUCCGCAAGGCCGUGUGGCCCUUCCUCCUGGGCCACUACCAGUUCGGGAUGACGGAAACAGAAAGGAAAGAGGUGGACGAGCAGAUUCAUGCCUGCUACGCACAGACCAUGGCUGAGUGGCUGGGCUGCGAGGCGAUCGUGCGGCAGAGGGAGCGGGAGUCCCAUGCGGCCGCCCUGGCCAAAUGCUCAUCCGGGGCCAGCCUGGACAGCCACCUGCACCGGAUGUUGCACAGGGACUCAACCAUCAGCAAUGAGUCCUCCCAGAGCUGCAGUUCGGGCCACCAGAACAUCCGCCUGCACAGCGACUCCAGCAGCAGCACACAGGUGUUUGAGUCUGUGGAUGAGGUGGAGCAGGUGGAGGCUGAAGGCAGAUUGGAGGAGAAACAGCCCAAGAUCCCCAAUGGGAACCUAGUGAACGGCACUUGUUCCCCAGACUCGGGUCAUCCUUCCUCCCAUAACUUCUCCUCGGGCCUCUCAGAGCACUCGGAGCCCAGUCUGAGCACAGAAGACAGUGUCUUGGAUGCCCAGCGGAACACCCCCCCGGUGCUGCGACCUAGGGAUGGCAGCGUGGAUGACAGGCAGAGCAGUGAGGCCACCACAUCCCAGGAUGAGGCUCCCCGGGAGGAGCUGGCCGUGCAGGACAGCCUGGAGAGCGACCUCCUGGCCAACGAGAGCAUGGACGAGUUCAUGUCCAUCACGGGCAGCCUGGACGUGGCCUUGCCUGAAAAGGACGAUGUUGUGAUGGAGGGCUGGAGGAGCAGCGAGACAGAGAAACGUGACCAGGCGGACAGCGAGGACAACCUCUCAGAGGAGCCUGAGAUGGAAAGUCUCUUCCCUGCUCUGGCUUCUCUGGCUGUGACUACUUCUGCCAACGAGGUGUCCCCUGUGUCUUCCAGCGGCGUCACCUACUCUCCAGAGCUGCUGGACCUGUACACGGUGAACCUGCACCGCAUCGAGAAGGAUGUGCAGAGGUGCGACCGCAACUACUGGUACUUCACGUCCGCCAACUUGGAGAAGCUGCGUAACAUCAUGUGCAGCUACAUCUGGCAGCACAUUGAGAUCGGCUAUGUCCAGGGCAUGUGUGAUCUUCUGGCUCCACUGCUGGUCAUUCUGGAUGAUGAGGCCCUUGCCUUCAGCUGCUUCACGGAGCUCAUGAAGAGGAUGAACCAGAACUUCCCCCACGGAGGCGCCAUGGACACACACUUUGCAAACAUGAGAUCGUUGAUCCAGAUCCUGGACUCGGAGCUGUUUGAGCUGAUGCAUCAGAAUGGGGACUAUACUCACUUCUACUUCUGCUACCGCUGGUUCCUGCUGGAUUUCAAGCGAGAACUCGUCUAUGAUGACGUCUUCAUGGUCUGGGAGACGAUCUGGGCAGCCAAACAUGUCUCCUCCGCGCACUACGUCCUGUUCAUUGCACUGGCUCUGGUGGAAGUCUACCGCGACAUCAUUUUGGAGAACAACAUGGAUUUCACAGACAUCAUCAAAUUCUUCAAUGAAAUGGCUGAGAGACACAACACCAAGCAAGUCCUGAAGCUGGCGCGGGACCUCGUGUACAAGGUGCAGACUCUGAUUGAGAACAAGUGAGGGGCGCCUCAGCCAAGCUGCCCACCCUGUUCCUCUGCUUUUCCUCCUGGCUAGACGGCCACCCUGGGAGCGGGGUCCUGGUGUCUGUUCAAGCAUGGAGUUCAGUGCGCAAAGAAACUACCCUGACUUUUACUUCUGGGCAGAUGGGGUGGAGGGAGUACCCCUUCAAUUCAGCCUUACAUUUUCCUGUUUGACCAAAGAUUGCCCAAGUCUGGCGUUCCUCCCUUGCAGGAGGUGGGGGUUGUUGGUGGAGGAGAAGCCAUCUUCGUUUGCUGGUGCCCAGAAUGGUCUCCUCUUCUUCUUUCCCUAUCCCUCCAAACUGUCUUGUAAGAUGAGACCUGGGGAGGGAAUUUCUUUUUGGAAAUUGGUGUAGAAGAGGUGUGUGGGGCUACCUCUAUGCUCCUCUGCAAGGGGCCUUUGGCGAUGUUCUGGACAUGGCUAAAGAUUGACUUAGAGACUGACCCUCCACCUCGACAUUACUGACAUUUGGGGCCAGGUGAUUCUUUUUGAGGGGACUGUCCCCUGCAUUGUAGGAUGCUGAGCAGCAUCCCGAGCCUCACCAGAUGCCAGUAGUGCCAUCCCCCACCCAUAUCCCUGGUUGUGACAGCCCCCAAAAAUGUCUCUAGACAUUGCGAAAUGUUCCCUGCAGGGCAAAACUGCCCUCAUUUGAGAACCACUGGCUUGGAGGAGGGACUACAAAUGUACUUCCUCCCCCAUUCUUUUGAUGCUAAGCCACCCUGGUCCUGAGGCCUCCCCCAGAAAAGGCACACAGGAGGCAGGGCAUGGUGGCUCACGCCUGUAAUCCCAGCACUUUGGGAGGCCAAGGUGGGCGGAUCACAAGGUCAGGAGUUUUGAGACCAGCCUGGCCAACAUAGUGAAACCCCGUCUCUACUAAAAAUACAAAAAAUUAGCUGCGUGUGGUGGCGGGAACCUGUAAUCCCAGCUACUUGGGAGGCUGAGGCAGGAGAAUCACUUGAACCUGGGAGGUGGAGGUUGCAGUGAGCUGAGAUCGCACCACUGCACUCCAGCCCAGGCGACAGUGCAAGACUCCGUCUCAAAAAAAAAAAAGAAAAGGCACACAGGAGUCCCUCACACAUCUCUCUUGGAGUCUGGGAUUCCAUCCGUUGUAUUUUCUCCCUUUUUCUCCUCUGUCUGAUGCCAGAAGAUACUUGUUUUCUUCUUUUCAAGAAAAGCAUCUCCCCACAUAGGCAGGUGGUGGACCCAAAAAGUGUCUGUAGGCAUGAGACGGUCAGAGCUCUUUGGGGUCCUGCUCAGAGCCCCCCAGGCAGGGCAGAGUCUGUAUCCUGCUGCCAUCUUGCACGGGAAAACCGCCUCUCCUUCCAAGUAUUGGGUCUUGGAAAGGUGUGUGUUUGGUGAAAGCCACUUAAUGGUGGUGGGGUGCAGCUUUUCUCUAAGCGCAAUUACUCACUCAGGACAAAGGAGGAAAAGGAAGGCAGAGGUCAGCCAGGGUAGAGGGUGACGUGUGUUUUCCUUGGGAAACAUCUGCUGAUGAGCUGGGUCCAGGGCCGUGCUAGGUCUGGGAACAAUCCUCUCCAGGUCUUCACACAGAGUAUCACCAAUCCACAAACAGACCCGAAGUGAGCUAGUUUACUCUGCCUACCUGUCUUUUCGACAGAGCAGUCUUGCCCACUCUUCUGUUCUGAGAAUGCACCCGGAAUUGGGGAAACCCAGCAAGCAGCAGAGAGAAAGGCUCUUCCCAGGAAAGCUGCCACCUCUAGGGUGGUCAAAGAAUGGCAGCUGGGAUUUUGGAGAGGGGAGAGGAUAGGUAAAGCAGCGUAUUGAAGCAUUUGCGGAGGGGCGUGUUACUCCUCCCACCCUGAGCACACCAGGACGGGGAUGCAUCCUUGCCUUGUGUGCUUGUUUAGGCUUCUUUCCCUCGGUACAGCAACUUCAACUGCACCUGAACCUCCAACCUCUGCCCAACCUCUGGUGCAGGGUGGAUAGAGGUCUAGUCAGCCCUUACUUCCUGAAGAGAGCUCUGUGGGAGACUCGAGGCUACAGUAGCCUUCCUGGCUCCCAGCUCCUACCCUACCCCCACCAAAGCAGAAACGGGAGACGGCAACGUUCUGGCUGCCAUUAGACUUGCGUCUCCCUCACCUACGUCCCCCAGCUUCCCAAGACAGGAAGAAAUGUGCAAAAGGCCCCUCCGGAGAAAACUGUAUUUUGCCGUUCAGCUGUUCUUUACAGAGGAUGUUAUUUUAGUGAGACCCGGGUCCCAGACCUUCUGAUUCCUAUUUAUUUUUUUAACAGACUAGUCUCAAAGUACAGCACAAAAUCUCUUCUCUGCCUUCUCUUGUGAUGUUCCAGAGAGCAUCUGUGGUUGUGAUUUGGAAUAAGUCGUAUUUAUUUGGUUUACUGUGCCUAUUCAGAUCUCUGUAUGUUGUGUGUGUUUCUGUGUCCUGGAAUUGGAUGCGUGGGAGUCGUUCUGUCCGCAGAGUGCACUCUUUUUUUCAGUGUGGCCCACAUAUCUUGUAAAUGUUUGCUGAAGAGUUGUGUCUAUAUAUAGAGAAAUUAUAUAUAAACAGAGAAAUAUGUGAA